CCGUGGGAAGCACGAGCGGUCCGGCAUAACCGGUCGGAAGGAGAGCGCGUGCGGCCGAGCCUUGCCUAAGGGACCCUUCAGCGCUAGCCGAGGCGGCCCGACACCGGAGACUCCUUUCCCGGUGCCAGCCGGCCCCGCCCUCCUGCCUCCCGGGCCAAUCGGGCUGGGAGCGCGCUAGCCUGCCUCCCCGAACCCUCCAAUCGCAGGCAUCGUCCUCCGCCCGCCAAUCCCGGUCAGACAGGUGCGAAGCCCGACGCGACGAGGGCCAAUCUGCAGCAGGUCCGGGCCGGGACUCUUGACCAAUGAGAAGGCGGCCUGGGAGCGUCGAGUGACGUGCGCCGCCACCAAUCGCAAGUGCGAGCCGCGGGCUCUUCCUGGCGGCGCGCCUAUCAGAGCGCGCGCUCCUCAGCGGCUCGGCCAAUCCGGAGGAGAAUCGACUGGUGCCUGCCCUCCCGAAGAGUUGGGAAUGUCCUACAAACCCAUCGCUCCAGCGCCGACCAGCACGAGUGGCUCCAGCGCGCAGGGGCCCGGCACUCCCAUCCCUUCAGCCACCGGUGUCUCCUCCCCUUCAGGCUCAGCCCCUGGAGCUGCUGCCCCCUUCCGCCCCCUCUUCAACGACUUUGGGCCUCCUUCCAUGGGCUAUGUGCAGGCUAUGAAGCCCCCUGGCUCCCAGGGCUCCCAGAGCACCUAUACAGACCUGCUCUCUGUCAUUGAAGAGAUGGGCAAGGAGAUCCGGCCCACUUACGCCGGCAGCAAGAGUGCCAUGGAGCGACUGAAGCGAGGCAUUAUCCACGCCCGGGCGCUGGUCAGAGAAUGCCUGGCAGAAACAGAGCGCAAUGCCCGCACGUAACAGCGUGCCGCCCCCUCUGCCCUAUGGACCUUCCCACCUCUUUGCAUCGCCUUUUGGAGCAGAGCCCCUCCCCUCGUGCCCUUCUUUUCUUCCUAACCUCCUGUCCUGUGACUGACAGCCACGUGGGGUGGGAUGGGAGACCCUGGAGCCAGUGCCAGGCAGAAACAGUGGAGCUGAUGUCUCUAGGCCUCCUUCGGUCGCCCUGUAGCCAGUGGGUGCUGGAGAGUCCUUGGCUCGGGCCGUCCUCCCCACCCCCAGCACAGUACUGACCUUCGGCCCCCAUCCCCUUCCAUCCCACACUGGAACUCCUCCCUCCUCUGGCUGGGGCCUCCCUGGCACCCGCCACCUCCCAGCCCUGCCUCAGGGCUGCUCGAGGUGGUGCCUUUUCUCAGCGUCUUUUACUAAAAUGCUCUUUUUCUAUAAAUAAAAGAUUUGGAGUUGUUCUCUGCGGA